UAUGCGCAUGCGCCUUGCAGCCCAUUUAAAAAGGCUUCUUGGUGGAAGCUUGUGGAGUCGUCCUCCUUGCUACAUCAUCUACUGUACCACAAUGUCCAAACCAAAGUUUCAGACGGAGUGGGAGGAAAUCGACGAGGAACACCAACAAUUAAAGGAAACUCACAAAAUUUACAGACAAAAACUUGAGGAGCUCACCAAUCUUCAGACAACAUGCAGUAGUGCCAUCAGUAAACAGAGAAAAUGCCUAAAACACCUAAGGCACAGUUUGAGCAAGUGUUCGCAAACAUGUGACGAGGAAGAUUUGAAACGAAUAACUGAUAUCAAAACACAAAUCAAAGAGAAAGAAAAUGUGUUUUUUGAUAUGGAAGCAUAUUUGCCAAAGAAAAACGGGCUGUACCUGAAUUUGGUCCUGGGCAACGUGAACGUAACUCUUCUCAGCAACCAGGCGAAAUUUGCCUAUAAAGGAGAGUAUGAGAAGUUCAAGCUUUACAUGACUAUAAUCCUGAUGUUUGGAGCAAUAACCUGCCUCUUCUUUCUCAACUAUCGAGUCACUGAUGAAAUCUUCAACUUUUUGCUGGUGUGGUACUACUGCACAUUGACCAUAAGGGAAAGCAUCCUCAUGAGCAAUGGCUCCAGGAUUUCAGGUUGGUGGGUGUCCCACCAUUAUGUAUCCACCUUUCUGUCCGGUGUGAUGCUCACCUGGCCAGAGGGACCCAUGUAUCAGAUGUUCAGAAGCCAGUUCCUCGCGUUCUGCAUUUAUCAGAGCUUUCUUCAGUACCUCCAGUAUUACUACCAGAGCGGCUGCUUAUACAGGUUGCGAGCUUUGGGAGAGAGAAAUCCGCUGGACCUCACAGUGGAGGGAUUUCAGUCGUGGAUGUGGAGAGGCCUCACUUUUCUUUUGCCAUUCCUCUUUUUUGGCCAUUUUUGGCAGCUCUACAACUCCCUGACCCUGUUUCGCUUGGGAAGACACGAGGACUGUAAGGAGUGGCAGACUUCAAGGUCAACUACUUAAAAAAGCAUAAACCUGAUACUUGACUGCCCUUCAACUUCAGAAACAACUCCUCCUUUUCCUGAGUCAGUGGCAGCUUUUUGUUUUUUGUUUCUCAAAAGAGAAAGAACUACAAGAGAAUUGAACACUGUUUCUUUCUCCCUUCAGUGUUUACAAAAAGCCAUAACUGUUAAUUCUUUAUGAUCUCACACCUACACUUUGUAAUCUGGCUGCUACAUGAACACAUUUAAACGUGUCCUGUCUCUACAGAAAACACUUGUUCCCAGUGAGGUUUAAAUCGUGUUUCCAUGUGAACUACAUGUUUAUGUUCUCAUUAACAUAAUGCUAACACCUUUUAAUACAUCGUUUUAUCAUCUUUCACUAAUGGUCUAACUCUUCCUACGAGCUUAUCAAACAUUUUAUCACGAAGCCAUGCACCGAGAUGCAUCAUUACUGCGCUGAAACAAACCACAUGCCGGUAGUUCCCAUCUUGUUGUGUGACGUUGAAGAAAUGUAUUCUGAUCAAAUGCUGCUAUUAGUGCCGGUAUUGUGAGACUAAGAUACAGAAUGAUGAUGAAAAACAAAAAAAAGUGCUGGAUUGUUAAUCGAAUUCCAAUUAACAUAACUAAAUGAAAUAUUUGUAUGAAUUAAUUCAUGGUAAAACUUGGAGCUUAUGUUCUCGUUCACUGUCGUGUUUUCUGGUUCCUGUUUCAUGUGUAAAAGUUUCAGCAAUGUCGGGUCUCUAAUGCCUUAUUUUCCCUCCAGCCUGUUACAGCAAAAGAAUAUUCAUUUUAUUUUUGAAAAAUCCAAAGAUGGUAGUUUUGUUUGUUUGUUUUUGUUUUUUUUGUUUUUAUAAAUGGCAUUUCCCUGAAGGCAACCAUGCUGAAGAGAAUCUAAAUAUUGAUGCAUCACAUUUAUUGAGGGGAAAUUGGAGCAUGUUAAAUUACAGACCAAAAUGUUCCAUUUGAUGUGCGAGCUGCCAGAAUGCACAAAACAACUUGAUUUCCUCAUUUUUAUGAUGUAGCUGAUGUUAAACAAUGGGUUUUGUUUUUUUUAUCGUUCAUUUCAACACUGUAGCUGGUGCCUGAGUGGGAUCAGCGAUGAGACGGUUAAGUUUCUCGAUCUGUGUACAUUGUUGUAAAACAAUAUAUUAAUAAUUAAACACCUUAUGAACAA